AUGGCGCUGCUCCAGAUUGGCCCCGCGUCCUCCACUGUCGGGUUAGCUCGCUCGACCUUUAUCAGGCGCCCAAACUGCCGCGGCUGCCACCAAUUCUCCAGCUUUUCCCGCGCUGCGUCUCGACGAGGACCACCGUCUCAGCGAGCCCCCGGCCGCCGCCCUUUCUCCCAACAGUCCCAUAGGCCAAGGGCCGAUUCCAAGGUGAACGGCUCCAAGUUGCGCUGGUAUCCCAUCCCCGUCGGUCUCGGCGUUGGGUUUCUGGGGCUAGUGCAAUUCUACAAAGUCUAUAGGAGAGAGCAGGAGAAACAGGAAGAUGGCGAGCCGGGGCAGCGUCCGAAAAAGCGGCCGCGCAUCCGUCCAGACGGCCCAUGGCAGGUCCAAAUCAUGUCGACUCUGCCGUUGAAGGCCAUGUCUCGGAUCUGGGGCAGAUUCAACGAGCUAACACUUCCCACGUUCCUUCGAAUCCCCGGCUUUAAGCUCUACUCGUUCUUUUUCGGCGUCAACCUGGAUGAAAUCGAGGAGACGGAUCUUCGAGUGUUCCCAAACCUGGCCUCCUUCUUCUACCGUACCCUGAAACCCGGCGUUCGUCCUCUUGAUCCCAACCCAAAUGCUCUCCUAUCCCCAUCGGACGGCCGCAUUUUACAGUUCGGACAAAUCCAGGGCGGCGAUAUUGAGCAGGUGAAGGGGAUGACUUACACGAUCGACGCGCUCCUAGGGCAAAACAGCCCGACGCCGAGUAUCUCGGGGCAGACGCCUCUCGACAGACCCCCGAAGCGAGGCGAACAUGAACUGGAGGGCGACGAGGAACUUGUUCAGAGGGAAGAGGAAUUCGCCCGUGUGAACGGCAUUUCCUACACUCUCCCGGACCUUCUUUCCGGGUCCAAGAAGAAGCGAAGGAGCACCCUUGACCAGCCCAAAGACGAAUCCGUCAGCCCGUCGCCCACGUCUGUCUCCGAAGUACGCGCCGAACUAGCGCUCGGUGAAAAGUCCUGGCUUGACCAUUUAGCGACCGAUAGCCGACACGUACUCUACUACGCUGUCAUCUACCUUGCGCCAGGUGACUACCACCGCUUCCACUCGCCGACCAACUGGGUGGUCGAGCGCCGGCGCCACUUUGCCGGCGAGCUGUAUAGCGUCUCGCCUUACCUGCAGCGCACCAUGCCUGGACUGUUUACACUCAACGAACGCGUCGUGCUGCUGGGUCGCUGGCGCUGGGGUUUCUUCAGCUACGUCCCCGUCGGUGCGACCAACGUCGGGUCUAUCAAGAUCAAUUUUGAUAGGGAGCUGCGUACCAACAGCCUAACAACGGACACGGAGGCCGACAGGGCGGCUGAGGAAGCCGCCAACCGCGGCGAGCCGUAUCUAGGCUACGCUGAAGCGACUUAUGAGGCCGCGAGCUCCGUGUUGCGGGGCCAUGCGCUUAGGAGGGGUGAGGAAAUGGGAGGUUUCCAACUGGGUAGUACCGUUGUGCUCGUAUUCGAGGCCCCUGCGGGGGAACAUGAUGAGAGUGGCCGGCAUACAAGCGGGUGGCAGUGGGCUGUAGAAAAGGGGCAAAGAGUCAAAGUUGGACAGGCGUUGGGCCGCGUCGAUGCUUAG